UAAUUUUCACGGCGGCCGGCGAGCGGAAUGUUACCAAGGCGGGCAGUGGCGGUGCAGGCGGCGGCGAUAGGGUGGGUGAGAAGCCAAAGAUCAUCGAGCACGUGGACCAAUGCAGCCCACAAGCUCGUCUCCUUCACCUCUCUAAACUCCAUAGCAAUGGCAACCUACAAUUUUUUAGGGAAAUCGAAUUUGUCGCAGUGAGGAACUCAAAAUCACUGCCAUGAGCUCCGUUCUGACCAAAGUCGCCGUCGUGGGAAGUGGAAUUUCUGGAGCCGCUUGCGCAUGGAGUUUGGCCAGAAAUGGGGUCUCGGUCACCUUGUUCGAGUCUGCCAGAGGGCCCGGUGGAAGAAUGUCCCAGCGGAGAGAAAUUGCAGAAGAUGGGAAAGAACUGCUCUUCGACCAUGGUGCCCCAUAUUUUACUGUCAGCUCCCCGGACGUACUGAGUAUUGUUCGUGAGUGGGAAUCACAAAAUCUUUGUGCAGAAUGGAGAGAGGGUUUUGGGAUUUUUGAUUGCUUUUCCAAUCAAUUUACCAGCAUAGAACAGGAAGGAGUAAGUGGGCGAUAUGUGGGUACUCCGGGCAUGAAUUCUAUUUGCAAAGCGUUAUGCAAUGAACCUGGUGUGGAGAGUAAGUUUGGGGUAAGUGUUGGGAGAAUGGAAUGGUUGGAGAAAGAUAACUCAUGGUUGUUAUUGGGCAUCAAUGGACAAAGUCUUGGUCAGUUUGAGAGUAUUGUUGCAUCAGACAAAAACAUAGUUUCUCCAAGGUUUACCAGUGUAACAGGACGAGUGCCACCUCUAGACCUUAAUUUGGUUCCAGAUUUGGCAAUUAAGCUGCAGAACAUUCCUGUUAUUUCAUGUUUUGCCCUGAUGCUUGCAUUUGAACAGCCUCUCUCUUCGAUACCCGUCAAAGGUUUCUCUAUAAAGAAUUCUAAAGUUCUAAGCUGGGCUUACUGUGACAGCAGCAAGCCAAGGCGUUCAACUUCUAGUGAACGAUGGAUUUUGCAUUCAACAAUGGAGUACGCUGAGAGAGUAAUUGCAGAAUAUGGGCUUCAGAAACCUUCAGAUGCCACGUUGAAAAAAGUGGCUGAAGAACUCUAUCAGGAGUUACAAAGCAUGGGAUUUAGCAUACCUCAUCCAUUCUUCAUGAAAGCUCACAGAUGGGGAAGUGCUUUUCCAGGUGCAAGCAUAGCCAGAGAGGAAAAGUGCCUUUGGGAUGGAAGCAAGCGGCUCGCAGUAUGUGGGGAUUUCUGUGUUAGCCCAAACGUUGAAGGGGCCAUUCUUAGUGGCUUGGCUGCUGCUUCCAAACUCCACAAGAUUGUUAGCUACCUAUAGUAAUUAGUAGCCUUCCUUUCCCGGGCGGAGCUAGAAAUUUUCUGAACGGCCAAGUAUUUAAUGGUCGGUGGUCGGUUUUAAUAAAUUGUUUACAAAUAAAGCCUGAUGAGUGGCACAACCAACCUCUAGGCGAGAUAUAGGCCGUAAUUAGUAUGAUAUAAUAUGAUGGAGUGCUUACCCAACAUGGAAAGUUAUGAAGGUGAGCUUUGGUUGUAUUGAGUGGAUUUGUUUAUUUUAGGCCAUGAAUUUUUUCUCAACUUAGUUUUCAAGCUACAUACUUGUACAUUUAUAUUUAUGUAACAAUUCAUUUGAAUUUUCGAUGUUUUAAUAA